AGCCGUCCGGCUCGACCCGCCGGGGCAGACCGCGCCCAGCGCUCCGAGCGCUCCCUGGAGCCCUCCAGGGGUCCGAGGCGCUGGGGUGUGUGCGUCUCCAGCGCGCCGCUGCGACGGCUCGGCCCGCGGACGCACCUGGCGCCGCCGCCGUGGGGAAUCGGUGCGCUCCGUGGAUGGGGAGCUCACGCGGGCACCCACCAGUUGGCGAAUCGCCUAUGCCCAGCGACGAGGAUGCGGCAGGAAGCGACCCUGACGAUGAGAUGGCCAUGCGCAGGGCCGCUCUGGCCGCGGCCGCCAGGAAGAAGACCGCUUCGAAGGAGGCGAAGAAAACCCUGGCGAGUCCGAGGCCAGGGGCGGAGGAGCCCAAGUCUGAGGCAUGCACGCCGAAGGGCGAUAGCACCGUGCAGGCGCCAAAUCCGGAGGUUCCAAAGCCCAACGUUGAGCUGCCGAUCGCGUUCAAGCAGAAUGUCGCCGCGGGUGAGAACGAGAGGUUGGAACCUUUGAGUUGUCCAGCAAGUUCGCAGAGGAAAAAGCCAGAAGACGAUAGGAAACCUCCUAGCGCUGGCAUCCUGAACCUGCCCGGCGCGGGCCGCAAGUCGGUUCGGACCUCGACACAGAUGUCCACAAACACGACGGUGUCGUUUUUGAACCCUGGCGAGAAGGAUGCCAGGACGGGUACAAAGAGUCCAAUGAGCAGCCGCGCAAUCAGCAAGGCUGCUUCGGACUUCGGGAGCGCCGCGGCCGCCGAGAAGAAACCGAGCUUCCGGAACAGUGUUCGGCUCGUCUCGACCACGAACCGCCUGUCAGUCAAGAAGAUCAACGCUGGCGCGGACGGCGGCGGCGGCAGCAGUUCCAGCAGCGGGGUCAUGGGUGGGCGCAAGACGGUGUGCCUCCCGGACACUGCGGGGCGCCGCAUGACGAGGAUUGCCACCACCGGUAGCAACAUCUGCGCGGAUGUGACGCCGAAGCCUCGAAGAUUACCAGAAGAGGAGGUCCUUUCGACGAACGAGGACGCGUGGGACUUGCUCACGGUCGAUGAG